GAAGGUGUAGAAUGCCCUAGUAUUAAGUAUAAUGGUACAUUUGUACUCCAUGGAUGUGUGCUUUCUUGGUCUGGUGAUACACCAGCACUUACCAAAUUAAUGGGCCUAACGGGUCAUAAUUCAUAUAAAGGGUGUCGUUAUUGUAAUAUAAAGGGUAUUUAUUUUUCACAUAUAUAUUACCCUACAAAACCACCCAGAGAUCAAGAAGAAAAUGGUCAAGACUUUUAUUUUCCCUCAGCCAAUUACAAGCUGUCACAAAGCGAAUUGAAAAAAAUUAAACAACAUUUCUCCACCAUAUCAGAUGUAUCGGGUUUGCAACUUAUGUCUUUUAGCCACGAAGGAACAAAAUAUGGGCGGCUUAGAACAAAAGAUGUUGAUAUUUAUGCAAACUAUCCAAAACAACUAUCAGUAUUUGAAGUUCAAGAUUUCUAUGCUAUUGUUGAGUAUUAUUUAACAUAUGAAUUUGAAGGGUCUAAAGCAAUGUUAGCUUAUAUUCAAUGGAUGUCAUCUGUUGAAAAAGAUAAUGUUGGUUUAAAAUCAUUUAGACGAUUGGAUGCAUAUGCAUUUAUUGACGCAUCUGCAAUUGAUUAUUGUGUUGGGUUUAUUGAGAUUGCAAAUUUAUUUUAUAUUGUAGACAAAGAAGUUGACAAUGAACAAUGA